ACCGAUAGUUAUCACUGUCACUGGGUCACUGGCGAGGUUAGACUCAGGAAAAAAUAACAAACAACUGCUAAUUCAGAACACUUUUGAAACUUAUUUCAUAGUUUUUGUAAUAGGUGAAACAUAGUGCCAGAAAUUGUACGAAUAAAGUGACAAUCUUGUAUAUAUUGAAGUGAUAGUGCGUAUUAACUUGUUGGAACGAAGUAAACAACCUGAUAACAAGCCGCUACAUGCAACAGAUUGGAAAUUUUAUCAUACAAACGAGUGAAUAACUACAAAAUGGUUGUGUCAUUAACGAAGUUCUCUAGUUUGUUUUCUAGUGUGUGUAAAAAUAGCACCAAUUUGCGAGCGUUGUCCACAACAUGUUCGAGGAGCGCCAAAGUGAAUUUCAACUGGGAGGACCCACUGAAUUUAGAUGGACAAUUGCACGACGACGAAAAGGCGAUUCGGGACUCGUUCAAGGCUUAUUGUAACGAGAAACUAUUGCCGAGAAUUAUCGAAGCGAACAGAAACGAGGUCUUUGAUAGAGGGAUUUACAAAGAAAUGGGCGAGUUAGGAGUGUUGGGAUGCACUAUUAAGGGAUAUGGAUGCUCAGGCGUGUCCUAUGUUACUUAUGGACUAAUUACCAGAGAACUGGACGGUGUAGAUUCAGCAUACAGAUCGGCUAUGAGUGUUCAGAGCAGCUUAGCCAUGGGAGCAAUUUAUAUGUAUGGCACUGAAGAACAGAAGCAAAAGUUUUUACCUAGAAUGGCCAAAGGAGAAUUAGUAGGCUGUUUCGGACUGACUGAACCAAAUUACGGCAGUGAUGCUGGUGGAUUAGUAACAAAAGCUAAAUAUGACGCUAAAAGUAAAACUUACGUCCUCUCAGGUUCAAAAACGUGGAUCACAAAUUCACCUAUCGCCGAUAUUUUAGUUGUGUGGGCGAAGGAUGAGGAGGGAAAAGUUCGUGGAUUUAUUGUUGAGCGGUCACAAGUGAAAAAAGGUUUAGAUACGCCUAAAAUCAAUGGGAAGUUUUCCUUGCGAGCGUCGGCAACGGGAAUGAUAUUGCUCGAUGAAGUGGUCAUACCGGAGGCGAAUUUAUUGCCGAACGUAGUGGGUCUGAAGGGGCCUUUCGGAUGUCUCAAUAACGCGCGGUAUGGGAUAUCCUGGGGCGCUCUCGGUGCCGCUGAAACAUGUUUGCGGAUCGCCCGACAGUACACAUUAGAUAGAAACCAAUUUGGGAGACCCCUCGCUUCCAACCAGCUGAUUCAGAAGAAGCUCGCUGAUAUGUUAACUGAAAUAGCGAUUGGGAACCAGGCUUGCCUGCAGGUCGGUCGUUUGAUAGAUCAGGGUAAGGCGGCUCCUGAAAUGAUAUCUAUGAUUAAGAGAAACAACUGUGGUAAGGCGUUGGAAAUCGCUAGGGUAGCUAGAGACAUGCUUGGAGGAAAUGGUGUUCAGGACGAAUACCAUGUCAUUAGACACGUCAUGAAUCUGGAGGCAGUAAAUACUUACGAAGGGACACACGAUGUUCACGCUUUGAUAUUGGGCAGGGCUAUUACUGGAAUACAGGCAUUUAGUUAAGCAUUUUUAUAUCCGUCUUUAUUGGACAAUAUUAGAUUCAAAUAGUAUUUGAAUAACUGCCAUAAUACGUAUGUUAAAAAGAUUAAUAAACUAUAUUUGUUGUACGCAUAUUUAUUUUUGUUAUAAAUAAAAUUAUUAUGUUGUUCA